AUGUCCGAACUCCCAACGGCAUCCAUCUCAACACCCCCGGACGACCCCACGCCCGACCCGCUCCUGGGGACCAACCUCGCGGGCCGCUACCUCAUCCUCGGCCGCCUGGGCGAGGGCGCCUUCGGCAUCGUCUACGAAGCCGAGCAGCGAAGCCCGGUCACCCGCCGGGUCGCGAUCAAGGUCAUCAAGCCGGGCAUGGACUCCAAAGCCGUCGUCGCCCGCUUCCGCGCCGAGGAGCAGGCCCUCGCCGUCAUGAACCACCCCGGCAUCGCCAGGGUCUACGACGCGGGCGAGACCGAACGCGGCCUCCCCUUCUUCGCCAUGGAACUCGUCAAGGGCGAGCCCGUCACAGCGUUCUGCGACCGCAACACCUUCAGCAUCGAGCAGCGCCUCGAGCUCAUCAUCGAGAUCGCGCACGCCGUCCAGCACGCGCACACCAAAGGCGUCAUCCACCGCGACCUCAAGCCCUCCAACAUCCUCGUCGGCUACGACGACCAGGGACGCGCCCGACCCAAGAUCAUCGACUUCGGUGUCGCCAAAGCCCUCAACCAACGACUCACCGAACAGACCCUCUUCACCGACCGAGGCCAGCUCAUCGGCACGCCCGAAUACAUGUCCCCCGAGCAGGCCGAGAUGUCCGGCGUCGACAUCGACACCCGCGCCGACGUCUACUCCCUCGGCGUCCUGCUCUACGAGCUCCUCACGGGCGUCCGCCCAUUCGACCUCAAACGCGCCCCCUUCCACGACAUCCAGCGCGUCAUCCGCGAGACCGAGCCCCCGAAGCCGAGCACGCGCGUCAAAACCAUGCUCGCCAACCAGUCCGGCGCCGACACCGCCAGCAAAAUCGUCAAGCUCCGCCAGGCGAACCCCAAAGCCCUCACAAGGCAACUCCGACGUGACCUCGAUUGGGUCACCAUCAAGUGCCUGGAGAAAGACAGGUCACGCCGAUACACCACACCCAACGAACUCGCCGAGGAACUCCGCAACUACCUCAACGGAAACCCCGUCCGCCGCACAGCGCGCACGCCGCACGAACGGAUCGUCAGGCACUUCCGCCUCAACCACGCGGCCUACACAAACGUCCUGCUGGCGUACAUCCUCUUCCACCUCGUCCAGAUCAUCGUGUUCCUGAUCAUGUACGCGAUCAUCGAAGAGGACGGGACCAUCGAUAACCUCGUGCCCAUCUUCUACAACGCCCUCGGCAUGCUCGCCGCGGUCGUCGCGCUCGGGCUGCUCAUGGUCAAAAGGACCACCAGAAACUGGGUCGCCCUCGCCCUCGGUCUCGCCAUGUUCACGGUCUACCUCCUGGCCAUGAUCUUCCCCGAGGACGCAUGA